AUGGCCAGUGCGGCUUUUGUCUCUCCCUCCCCUGAUUCGCUCUCUGCCCCAGUCGCCGGCUCGCCCUCUCUCUUCUCUGCGUCCAAAGUGCCGAAGAACGAAGGCACCGGUUCGUCCGAUUCUCUUUACGUUGAGGAGGACGACAUUCCACAGAAGAACGAAGAAGAAAGGGGACGGGGCAUUCUCGUUCUUGCCUCUCAUGACGCUGUGCGGGUGGUGGCCGCGAGUUGUCAAGAGAACUCCGACCUUUCCCCACCUCCCUGCCUCGCGCUGUCUCCUUCAUUUCAGAUUGCCUCUCUCCAUACCCGAAACGAAGAGAAUGACAAACUGUUUUUCCGUGGUGGUCAGUGUGAAGAAGGAGAGGAAGAUGGUAUGAAUGUUCCAACUCAGCUCAUUCCGUUCCAUACCCCGCGAUGUGCGAGAAACCUUCGUCCGGGAGGGCAGGAAGAAGACACUCCAGACACCCGACUAGGGUGUACAGACAGCAGCCGAGAAGGCACUCCGAACGUCGCGUGCGUCAGAAACGCGACGGCGCUACGUGCAGGCUCGCCACAUUGUACUCCGAAAAGCAGGCCAAGUCCGCCAGGGGGAAAGCUGUUGCCUCCGGAAGAAACAGAAAGAGUUAGCUUUGAGAGCGAGUGCAGAAGCCACGAGAAGGCAGCAACCCCUGAAGAAAGCAGUCCCGUUAUCUCGUCGUCAAGCAGCGGCUCAGAGUCGUUUCGCGGGCGUUCGCAUGUCACCGGCAGCGGGCCGCGAGGAGAGGAAGAAGAUGCGAAAAGCUGGGAGGCAUCUGCCCGCCCAGAAGGUCUGAAACCCAACGGCGACGGCACACAAGACGAUGCAGAGGUAGAGGAGAAUGAAAGGGCGCGUUCGCCCUCUGCGGCUGUUCAGGAACGAGGGCGGCAGCUCGGUUUCUCUUCUUCAUCCUGUGAAGAGUCGAGCAGAGCACGCGUUCCGAGGUGCGUUUCUCGUCGACAGGAAGGGGGGGCGAGAAGACAUAGCUGCAUUCAGACAUCUUCUCUUCCUUCUGCUUCGGAGACGGAGCCGCCAGAUAUCACCUUCAGGGCACGUCGCCAGCAGGCAAAGAACGGAGACGGCUUCCACGAGGGAUCCAAAGCAAGAGCGUGCCGAGCAAAGAGAGCGAAAAGAACCGGAAAGAAGACAGGAGAAAGUGGACGGAAAGGGGGUAUCUGCUGGGAGAGGGAGAGCUGUGCGCAGGCAGAUGGAAGCCACGGCAAAGCAGACGAGACGAACGUGGAAGGCGCGACCGAAGAACAGUGCAGACGGUUCGACCAGCAAGACGAGCACGACGGUGAUGCUUCGCAGUCCUGGGAAGAUCUCGGUCUUCUUCACACCGCCGCCGUGUCUCUUGAAAGAGGUGCGAAGUCACUCCUCACUCUUCUAUCCCAGCAGCGAAAGCAGAUACGCGCCCUGACGCGGCAGGUCCGCACGAUGUCGCGAGCUCAACUUCUUCAACAAGGGGAACUUGCGACUCUUCGGAACGAGCACGAGACGCUUCUCUGCCUUCUCUCGAAGAGUCCUUGCUUCCCGCAUCUGACGCAUCAGGGAACAGCGUGGCCUUCCGCGGUUCUCCUUCACGCCUCCGCCGCUGCCAGCGAAUGCGCGAGCGCUGCGACGUGUACGAAUUCGCCACGGAAAGCCAGAGAACGGGCUUCUCGGCCGUCUUCUUCUCCCACUUCUUCUCCAUGUCUCUGUUGUUCCACUUGCUACGCUGAUGCUUGCUCGCCGCCCUUCUCUUCUGAUGCGGCGAAGUCUUCCACUUCCGCUCUGCCUGCGUCUUCCGCUUCUAUCCCUCAUGCGUCGUCCCCGCUCUGUCGCCAAGUAUCCUCGUCCCCCUGUCCUUUUCCUUCCUUCGAGCCCAUGUCUACUUCGGCACUUCUCACAUCUCUGCCCGUACCUUCCAGUUUAUCGUCCUCCUCCUCUCUUCAGUUCUCCUCGUCCUCUUCUUCCUCGUCCUCUUCUUCCUCGUCCUCUUCUUCCUCGUCCUCUUCUUCCUCGUCCUCUUCUUCCUCGUCCUCUUCUUCCUCGUCUUCCUCUGCUUACUCGUCCUCUUCUUCCUCGACCUCUUCUUCCUCGACCUCUUCUUCCUCGACCUCUUCUUCCUCGACCUCUUCUUCCUCGUCUUCCUCUUCUUCCUCGUCUUCCUCUUCUGCCUCGUCUUCCUCUUCUGCCUCGUCUUCCUCUUCUGUCUGUUUGGUGGCUGCUUGGAUUGCUGCCGAGGAAGUACCCUGGGGUAGCGGGGCCUUUUCGGCGGGGGAUCUGGCCCAGACUUGCCGGUGCGGGGACGGUGCGACAGAAGGGAGAAGACGCGAGGCACUGUGUUCUUCCUUGCUCUGUCGCCGGUUUGACCAGCUCCCCGAGCACGAUCUGCAUGCGCUAGACCGUCGCGGUCAAUACGAAGCGCCGGAGGUCGAGCGAUCAGUUCCAGAGCGUCGUGGUGAGGCUCGACUCCCAGGCGACGAGGAAGACGAAGGCUUUCGAAGGAAGUCAGAAGAAACAAAUCAGAUGGAAAUAAGUUGUGACGCCAGCGAAACACCCGGGGAAGAAAACAAGGAGAACCUGGAUUUCCACGGCGGCAAUAUCAGCAAAUGGAGUCACCAAAGAUCGAGCGUGGAAGACCCUGGGGCACAAGAGUGUCGCGAAAGCAUCCACAGGCGAAGAGAAACCUCGCAUCCUGUCCGCGUUUCUUUCUCCCGAUCUGCCGCGGCUUCGCAGCCCCCCCAGGAGUGUCCCCCGCCGCCGGGCGCCGUCUCCUCGGCGUCUCCCGCUCAGGCUCCUCCCUCUUCGUCUUGGUCAGCUCGUCCUUCUUCCUCUCUCGGCUGCCGGCAAGAUCAGGCUCCUCCCGUGUCGCCUGCAGAACCAGGCGAGAGUCGAAAAAGAGCGCGUGCGCUCCCACCGUGCAGCCUCGGACCGAGCUCUCCGCGGGGGUCUCCGGAUGUCCUAGCAGAGAAAAAGGGCGGCGUCCCUUGUGAGCGCGAGCGGAGAACAGAUGAAGGCGGGGCAGAAGCAGCUGAAAGAGGCGAAUGCAACGGAGACAGACGCGAGUCUUGUUUCGAAGCGGAUAAGUUGCGCAAAAGGCGGUCGUGGAGAGAGGAGCGCAGGGCUGCAGCGGGGGACGCAGUGCGCGGCGUCAAAAAACGCAGGAAAGAAGCUCCUGCUGCAAGAGAGGGAGGCACAGAAGGAGGCCAAAGCUGGAGAGAAGGAGAGACAGAUCGAGGCCGAGCGCAAGAAGGGAAGCCUAGCAACGCAUGCCGGUUGCUAAAUUCGUCUCGCCACUCAAUCGAGUGUGUGUCGGCUCCAGAUGCCCACGGAUCUCCACUGCUGAGUCUGGGAGAAGAAACGCGAAACGCCAAGUGUCGCUUUGCUGUCGAUCCUGGAGAGAGCCGAAGCGAAGGAGCGCCUCCUUCGACAACCUCCCUGGGUCGUAUCUUGGAGAAAAGCGACAGAGCUGGACGAGGUCUAAGAGGGGCGAAGGCCCCUCGAGCGUACCGGGAGGGACAUCUGGAGGGCCGGAUUCGAGACAGCCAGAAAGGCGAGAGUCUGCAGGAUCUCCUGGAGGGAGAGGCCGAGCAGUCGAGAGAAUCUUGCAGGGGUGGGCGGCGCCUCGGCUGGAGCGCCGGAAUCACCCAGACGGCGGCAGGCGACAGCCGCCGUCUGGGUGAUUCGAGUCGGCAGGUGGAGACGCGCGACCAGAGCCGCCAGCGCUUCACAGGGGCGGAGAUAGGGGGCGACAGGCCAGCGCUUAGCAAAAAUGAAGAGGGGAAGGAAGAGGAAGAAGCGAGGGCCGAACCCCAGAGAAGCGCCAGCGGAGUCCUGCCGGCCGUGACAGUCUCCAGAAGCGAAGAGCGAAGCGGCGCGUCGAUUCGCAGCCUCUCGCGAGGGACGUUUGUGUUGGCGCCUUCGCGGGACUGUAGUUCUGUCGACGCAGAACUCCAAGGGGAAAGACCAGUUCCAGGUGAUAGGGGCACAGCUUUGGCCUGCCGGUCUCGAAGCUCGGCGCACGCGUCCACAGACAAACGCCUCGCGUGUCCGCGCGAGAAAGCGGGCACCGUGAGGUGCUCUGCUGUCGUCUCCCUGCAAGCGAGACAGCGCGACUGGGAAUCUCUCCCCAGAGUGCGUUUGGUGGCGCCCCAGCGCAGUCUUCGGCGGCUGAUGCCCGGGGCGGACUGCUCCCAGUGCGAGCGAUUCUAUUCGCUGCUUCAGGCGGAAGUCCCCAGUCCCUCUCAGUCAGAGGCUGCAAAAGAGGAAGAGCGAGCGGAAGAAGGACAGCACGGAGCCGCGGCGCACGACGCAGGCAGGCAGAUUGGGAGCGCGGGGUGCCACCGUCAAACGGAGAAAAGGAGGCCCGAUGCGGAUGUUUGUGGGGAGUUGGGUUCUCACUGGCGACCGGACCGUGCUUCUCACACGUGCCCCGGCGCCGCAGCUGAAGCGGGGAAAGCCCAGAGCAGACGCGCAAGUCUCCCUGAGGGAUCGAGACACACUGCCACACGGGCCGACGGCCGGAAGGUGCCUCUCUUCCCCGGCACGUCUCUCCCUCAGAACGGAAGUCCUCCAGGGAGAGACAGGGAGCACGUCUCUGCGGAGGCGGCGAGUUGGUCCGCCUCGCUUUCUUCUUCGCGCCUGCACUCACUCUCCCGUGUUGCCAGAGGCCCAGCUGCGGCGCGCUGGGGGCAGGGGCCUGAGAAGAGAGGAGAGCCAAGAGACGAAGAAGGAAACGAGGGUGCGAGAGGGGCUGCGGCGUGCGGGGUGCCCGGGGAACUGGCCAAAGACGGAAAACGGUCUCUUUUUUCUCCUCCCCCAGGCGACCAGAGAAGGAGGGGAGAAGUCGGCGAGGAAAGAAGAGAGAGCGCAGAACCGGGUGUGGAAAGCAGCAGUCGAGACAGCAAGAGAGCCGGAGAAAGAGGAAAACGAAGAGGGGACGGCACACCCAGGGGCGGGGACGUAGAGGGGAGGAGCAAAGAAAAGGUGGAGGCAAGAAAGAGUGGAGAAACAGACGAGAAGAAACAGAGAGAAAAAGGGAGAAGGUGGCAAGUGUGUGCGGGUCUCAAUCGCGACUUGCUUCGUGCUUCGAAGCACCGGUACUUUGCGCCUCCACCAAGUACGCCUACAGGUUUCUGGGAUUUUAGUACGUUCUCUUCGCCCGUUCGGGCAAGGGACUCACACGGCGACCUCGAGUAG